AUGAGUUCAAUCCCUAGAAAUUUCGCCCUUAAAUCUAUUUCCAACAAUUUAUUUCUUCGUUAUGUUCCAGAAAAAAAUGAAUUAAAUGGAUUUCUCCAAUUCUCUAGCGAAGAAGUGGUGAGUCCAUACACAAAGUUUGAGAUCGAAAAAUCCAACAUUGGGAAGGGAUAUGUCCACAUUAGAUGCUGUUACAACAACAAAUAUUGGGUUCUUCAAUCUCAAUCUUCUCAUUACAUUGUUGCCACUGCCAAAGAAAGAGAGGAAGAUCAAUCAAAAUAUUCUUGCACCUUAUUCAAGCCACUUUAUGACGACAACAACGACAAUAAACACAAUACAUUCCGCUUUCAGCACGUCUACCUCAACCUCAACGUACACUUGAAAGAAGCUGACGGAUCGCAGUAUCAAGGUUGCUUAGAGGUGAAAGCAUCAAAAGAUGGCCCAAAUCUCGAUCGAGAAGCCGAAUUCUCGACCUUCAUCAAUUGGGAUACAUUGUUUAUACUUCCUAAAUACGUCGCCUUCAAACAGAAUCACUACCUUCGACCAAGGCAUCAUGGAGGAACCAAGUCCGUUUUUUUGGAAUUCAAAAGCUCAGAUCCAGCAGAUCCAGGAGUGAGAAAUGAGGUGAUAUCGACACCAGAUGGUCACGUCCGUAUAAAAAAUGUUCCUUAUGGGAAGUUUUGGAUUCGAGAUCCCGAAAAAAAUUGGAUUGUAUUGGACGAUAAUCCGUCAACUGCUAAGGAUGAUCCAAGAACAUUGUUUUGGCCUGUCAAACUUGAGAACAAUGUGGUGGCCCUUCGUAAUGCUUCCAAUAAUUGCUUUUGCAAGAGGCUGAGUGAAAGCUUUAGCCCCUUUGAUAAUAGUCUCAAUGCUGCUCUUGAUUACAUUACUAGUGAAGCAAAUUUGGAAGUAACUGAGCUUGUUCUUUCACGUAAUAUUUAUAAUGUCUUAUUCCACCUUUCUGAUGCUAGGACUUUUAAUGAGAGACCCAUUUCGUUGACAAGCACUGUUGUUGAGAACAACAAUUCUGAAGCUCAAAAAUUCAGCAUCAAACUCUCUUAUGAAGAUACUACCACCUCUACGUGGGCUGCCAACGUGAAUGGUACGUUUGGUGUCAAGAUGACGAUCGACACUGGAGUUCCGAAAGUUUCCGAAGGAAAGGUUGAAAUUGAAGCUGAGAUAUCUGAGGAUUACACAUGGGGAAAAACAGAACAAAUGAAAUGUCUAUCUGAGGUUGUCCAUGAGGUUACUGUGCCUGCUUGGACUAAAGUAAAGGCUAGUGUAAUGGCAACACGAGCUAGUUGUGACGUUCCUUUCUCCUACACUCAACGAGACAAACUCGUGAACGGGAAGUAUAUUACUCACCGAUACCAUGACGGUGUCUAUAACGUCAUAAAUUCCUAUAAUUUUCACUUUGUCGCAGAAGAGGUUGAAGAGAUUUGA